AUGAAGCGCAUCCUACGCCUUCUCGCCGUCCUCGCCUCCUUCGUCUCCCUCCCCGCACUCGCAUGCGGCGUGUGGCUCCUCGUGACCCGUGACUACGACUGCGAGGACCUGCUUGUGACGAGCGGCAUGCGCGUAGGCGUCGGGGUGGGGCUCCUCGGCAUGUUUGUCGUCAGCAAUGCAGCCGGGUACUCGACCGUGCGGAAGGGGGUGGCGCUGGCCGGGUACGCGGUGCUGGCGGUGGCGCUCGUGGUGGCACUCACCAUGGGGCUCGUGCUCGUCGGCGUGUACAAGAUGGAGGCCCGACAAGUCCCCGCCUCGCCCGGGUGGUUCCAGACGCGCCUCGCGAGCACCGGAAACUGGAAUGAGGUGAAGUCGUGCUUGUACAACAAUCGCAUCUGCAGCGACUUGGCGUACCGCACCGGCGGCCUCUCGGCGCACGAAUUCGGCAAGAUCAAGCUCUCUCCGGUUGAGGCGGGAUGUUGCAAACCGCCGGACGAAUGCGGGAUGGCGUACGUGAGCGCGACCGACUGGAUAUUUGCAGAGAACAACGACUACGCAAAAUACGCCGGAGGCAAGUACAGGCCCGAUUGUCGUGCGUGGGGGAACCGAGCCGAUCAGCUGUGCUUCAACUGCGAUAUGUGCAGGGACGGGUUCGCGAAGGCCGUCACGAGUCGAUGGAGGAAGGUCGGGAUCUUCCUUAUCGUGAUUUCGGUGCUCCUGAUCGCAGUGCACGCGGCACGGUUCAUCAUCUUGAUGUCAAAGAAGUAGAAUUCAUCUUUUGUUAUAUGUUUUAGCUAUGGUACAUUUUGGCCGAAAUGUAUUGUGAUCAAUAUCAUUCAAAUUUAUGUAGGUCAUUUUUUGA